AUGGAACCCCAAAUCACAAAGAACACAUUCUGCACCUAUACAGGCACGCAGUCAGAAUCUGAUACUACCGUCUUUUUUGUAUCCGGGAAUCCGGGUUUGAUCGGGUACUACCACCCUUUCCUAUCCCUGCUAGCGCAGCACCUGGUCGACGGGUCUCAACUCCAGACCCAGACCGAGACUUCAAGUACCACAAAGAAGACCUCUAUUCAGAUAUACGGGUGCAGUCUCGGUGGCUUCGAUAUUCCAUCUGAUGCUGAGCAUAACAUCGGCCAAAAUGGCAAAGAUGGGGAGCACAGCGCCAACGACCGCUUGUACGAUCUUGAAGACCAGAUUCGAUUCGUGCAUCGGAAGCUCGUGGAUUUGAUGAACUUGAACAACAAUUCCACGGAUAAUGCUUCGGCAGAAUCAAAGUCUGGAUCUGGUUCUUUCGCCCCAGCGCCGAAACGAAAAGUUAUUCUCAUUGGACACUCUGUUGGCGCAUAUAUCGCUAUGGAGGUCUUGAGAAGACAUCGUGAGGGUAUACCGGAUAUAGAGACCCUUUCCCCUGAACCUGGACAUGGGAAGGAUUUAGCCGACUCUGUCUCUUCGAGUUCAUUCGAUAUCAUCGGCGGUGUGAUGCUCUUCCCAACAGUAAAGGAUAUCGCACACUCUCCGUCCGGCCAGAAAUUGACGGCUUUAUUAUCAUUCCUUCCGCAACUCGCUCUUAUUGUGAGCUUCUUCGCCCGUAUAUUAACCUCGGUCCUCCCAUCCUCAACUUUGAAAUCCGUUGUUCGAUUCGUGAUGAGAAAUCCACCUGCUCAUGGUCUCGACACGACGUUUGAGUUCCUGAAGAGCUCUGGUGGUGUACGACAAGCAUUACAUAUGGCAGCUGAUGAAAUGCGCACCAUCACAUCUGAUAAAUGGACAGAUGAUGUUUGGGGGGUUGGGUGCACAUCUGAGCCUAUUAUACGAUUGUUUUUCUACUUCGGAAAAAAUGAUCAUUGGGUUGCGGAAAAAACUCGGGAUGAAGUUAUUGCAUUGAGGGGGCGAGAGGAAGGAUUAGGUCCGAAGAUGUUUGUUUGCGAGGAAGGAUUACCUCACGCAUUCUGCUUGAAGCAUAGCGAUGUCAUGGCUCAGAAGGUUGCGAAAAUGAUACGGGAUAUGGUACAGCGUUAA